AUUCAUUUUAAUUCAUCAAAGUGAAAAGUAAUGGUAUAAUCAACACAAGGUUAUACUCCGUUACGAUAGACGCAUAUAUUGGGAAUAGGAUUCCCGCUUUCGUUUGUAGUUCAUAUUUUGUCCAUACGCGUCGCUGAAGUCGUAUGUACACUUCAUCGAAACAGCCUUAAUCUUUGGAUAGUAAUUUUAUUCAUAUAAUAUUCUUCCUAAUAUUAUUAUCUAAUAAAAGUUUAUUAUAUAUUUUUACGUUGGUGUUAAUCGGUGGAGUUUGAUACAUUAUGAUGGUAGCUCGUCGAAUGUAUUGUCGAUGGUACCAAAGUACUGUCAACUAUAUUUUUCUUUUCAUUUCCAUGAAAUACCGUUAUCUUUAUUUCUCAUAAAUAUCAUUUCAAAGCCACCUUUAUACGUUUGGAAUGUUUACAUUCUUAUGAAUAUUUAUGAGGCUUUCGUAGGAUCGUUUAGGUCUUUCAUGUGGAGAUUGCUUCAUGCAGAGAUCUUGCUAUUUAUAAAAACAUAUUAUAGAUUUAAGAAGACAUUAAUUUAUUUCAUCAAAACAUUAAGAUUUAGUCGUGUUGGAGUAUUGAUUGUUACUCGCAAUGAGACGGGACGAUUGAUGUUUUAACUACGAUUAAGAGAUAUGGACUGUUUCGACGACGAUAUAUUUGAAUUUAGUGACAAAGAUGAAGAUGCCUCCAUUUUUAAAACUACAUCUCAUAAGGAAUUUAAUCCCAUCGAGGAACAUCUUGUAAAACAAUUAGAUUCAAUACAGAAUAGAAUAGAUAAAGCAAAAAAUGAACUCGAAGAAAUGAAAGAAACGGUUCGGCACAUCUCAAAUAAUUUACUUUACAAAGCUGUCUUUGGCCAAGAUAAGAAUGUCGAUUCAGACAACGAUUUAUACACUGUCGAAGGAGAGCCUGUAUUAAUAGAAAAACACGAAGAAGACAAACCCUGUGGUUUUUUGGUCUUGAAGGAACAAUGGCAAUAUGUUCUUUUUGAUAAAUGGAUAUUAGGCGUAGUACUACAAAAUGUAUCGUUUCAAACGUUAAACGAGCUCAGAUUUUAUGCCUUACCGAAAGGUAUCAACGAGAUUCACGGCGUCGUUUCAGCUUUUUGGGAAGAGGAGAACGAUCUUUGGAAGAGGAUUAACUUGAUCUCCUCGAAGAGGGACAACGUUGUAGCCACGCUUGUUCUCGAUCCCUUGGAUUUUAAUGAAAACACGAUCGUCGAGAUAUACGGCACGAUAUCCUACGAGAAUUUGGAUACGGAAUUGCAGAUAGCCAUACCGGUCGUUACUUUCACGUCCCACGAUAUUCUACGUGGAACCUAUAAAUUAAACUAUUCGGAACACCCGAAAUAUACCGUAUUAGCGUUGAAAAGUAUUUUCGUUGAGACGAUCCUCGAGCUUCCAUAUCAAUUUGAUUCAGAAAAUUUCAUUGAUCUUUUGCGAUGUCUCGAUGCCAAGAAAAUCUUGAAAAAUGUUUAUUGCAUCGAGAACACCGAAUGUUAUGCCAUUAUAGAAACUUUAUCGGCAAAUAAAAUAACGAUAUUGGCGAAAACAAUGUCACGGUUGAAGUUAAUCCUGCGUAUGAUACAAGAGGAAUCCUCGAUUCCCAUUACGAGACUCGAGGAAUCCUGUUACGUUGAAGAAGCGGCGGAGGCUUUGAUAGAAGAAUUGGAAAUGUAUCUCGGUGAUCUCAAUCUUGCGAGAAUCCAAAGGGCAAGGAUAAAGAGCGACCUGCUUAUACCGUGAUCGACGAGUGUACGACGAAAUCACGUAUCUUGAAACGUCUGUUAAAUCGUAUGAAUCGUUUAGCCACCCUCGUUCUUUCGAUUUUAUCGAAUAACGAAGCACCUCUAACGUUUGGCAUUUACCUCAAGAGAUUUUUUAUUAUCUUUUUUUUUUGUUUUUUUUUUUUUUUUUUUUUUUUUUUUUUAUUUUUUUUCCAAUAAAUUAAGAAAGAAAGAAGGGAUAAGACCCAAAGGGAUAAGGCUAGAGGAUCGUGGAAAAUGGAUUUGUGUGCCUUCAUAAAAGAAUUCAAAACCUCUAAAGAAUUUCGAUUUUAUUUUUGCAAAUUUUACGUACGUACGUAUGUACGCACGUAUGUAUAUGUGUACGUGUACGUGUGUGUGUGUAUGUGUAUGCAUGCGUGAGUGUGUAUGUGUGUAUGUGUGUAUGCGUAUGUGGUACGUUUAUAUCGCAUCUAUACGGUGAAACGUAGAUAAUAUAUUUUCUUGGAGCCAGAUAUGAUGCUGAACACGACAGUGCACUCGGCCAAUCAAUGAUCGUGGAUUGUAAUGUUGCUAUUUUAUUUCAUUCUUCUUUUGUUUCUUUUCUUUUCAUUAAAUUUUCUUUUCUUCCUUUGUUUUCUUGUUCUUUCGAGAAGAUAAUCGAGAGUAGUCGAUUAAAAAGAUUUGAUAUCGUAA